AUGAGUUGUUUCCAAACUUCAGUGAGCCAUUCCUGGAUUUAUCCCACUGUGAUCCUCUGCCUGUUUGGAUUUUUCUCCAUGAUGAGACCCUCAGAACCCUUCCUUAUGCUGUAUUUAUCUGGGCCAGAUAAAAACCUGACCAGUGAAGAGAUCACAAAUGAGAUCUUCCCCGUGUGGACAUACUCAUAUCUGGUGCUGCUGUUCCCUGUGUUUAUCCUCACCGAUUAUGUCCGCUACAAGCCAGUCAUCAUCCUACAAGGGAUUAGCUUCAUCAUUACCUGGCUGCUGCUCUUGUUUGGCCAAGGAGUGAAGACCAUGCAGGUUGUAGAGUUCUUCUAUGGGAUGGUCACUGCCACCGAGGUGGCCUACUAUGCCUACAUUUACAGCAUGGUCAGCCCAGAGCACUAUCAGAAAGUGAGUGGCUACUGCAGGAGUGUCACGCUGGUGGCCUACACGGCGGCCUCAGUGCUGGCCCAACUCUUGGUAUCCCUGGCCAGCCUAUCGUACUUUUACCUCAAUGUCAUAUCCUUGGCCUCUGUUUCCAUGGCCUUCCUUUUCUCACUUUUCCUACCAAUGCCUAAGAAGAGCAUGUUUUUUCAUGCAAAACCCAGCAAAGAAGCUCCUCCAAAGCCACCAGGAAAGGAUGCUGUCUUAGAGGAACCUCAAAAAGAUCAUGAACCAGGUGGACAAGAAGUAUUCACUGUUUCAGGGAACCCGUAUGAUGGCCAGUGGAGCAGCCCAAAGCCAGAAAAUGUAGCUUUGAGAGUUUUUGUGCAGUGGUUACAAGAUUUGAAGGAGUGUUACUCCUCAAAACAUCUUUUUUACUGGUCCCUAUGGUGGGCUUUUUCCACAGCAGGUUUUAACCAGGUUUUGAACUAUGUUCAAGUCCUGUGGGAUUACAAGGCACCAGGCCAGAGUUCCGUAAUAUAUAAUGGAGCAGUAGAAGCUAUUGCCACCUUUGGAGGGGCCCUGGCUGCCUUUGCAGUGGGUUAUGUGAAAGUCAACUGGGAUCUUCUGGGAGAGUUGACUCUGGCCAUCUUCUCGGUUGUCAAUGCAGGCUCUCUAUUUCUUAUGCAUUACACGACCAACAUAUGGGCAUGCUAUGCUGGCUAUUUGUUAUUCAAGACCGGCUAUAUGCUUCUUAUCACCAUAGCAGUGUUUCAGAUCGCAGUUAAUCUGAGUGUGGAACGCUAUGCCCUGGUGUUUGGAAUCAACACUUUCAUUGCCCUGGUGAUUCAGACCAUUAUAACCGUGAUCGUAGUAGAUCAGGGAGGAUUGGGGCUGCCAAUCAGCAUUCAGUUUUUAGUUUAUGGGAGUUAUUUUGCAGUCAUUGCUGGCAUUUUCCUAAUGCGAAGCAUAUUCAUUAUCUACUCAACCAAAUGCCGAAAGACAGUGCAGAGCUCUGCUACAAGUCAGAAUCCAUAUGGGUCACACCCAGAAGAACCAAAGAACAACUAA